GCUUUAUUUGUAUGGACUGCCCCGCCUCCUGCAUGGAAUCAAACGGUGGCUGGAAGCAAUAACGUUCAAACUGCUGUUAUGCGAGUGUUGCAGGGGACUAGAAAUUAUCAAGUAACGUGGAAAUACAAUCUGUUGGGUGGUCAGACCAUACGGUUUAAACUGUUCAGCACUCGUUAUGGUUCUGGAGUUCGUGAUUACAUUGGAGAUGUAACCGGCAGAACCCCUGUUUUAUACAACCGCCACGAUUACAUGGCUCGAUUCCGCUUGAAUAGCACAAGUAAAUUUUCUACCUUGAGAAUAAAUACUACCUUUCAGUGUUGGAUGCAAGACGGCGGAAAUACAUGGGCUUACAACGUGAGGAUUGAAGUCAUAGGUAUGGUAUUUGGUAUUGCUAUCUCAAUAAAAACGUUCAUAUAACACUCAAGUAACAGCUGAAAUAAGUUUUAGUCCUCGAAAACUAGGUACGUGAGUUACUGGAAUAGCUUUGCCUCGAGUAUUGAGGAAAGUGACGUCUUGGGGCCUCUCUUUUCUUUUAUAUUUCUUCAAUCCCCGAGGUAUAUUCAUUAGCCCUCAGACAAAUUAAAUGCUGUGAUAUUUAUGUUAUUCCGAACUGAGUCGAUAUCAUAUUUUUUAACCAUGUUUGGUUAAUUUGCGCGCCCUAUGAUUGGUUAAAACAUGCUUUAUGACGAUGCAAAAAAGCUUCAGCGCUUAUUAUAUUAUGUAUAUUUAUUUGUCUCUAUGUUAUAUUUUACUGCAUAUGAUAUCGUGGUAUGUCCUAUUGAUUAUUGUUCUGUGUCAUUCACUUGACAGUUCCUCCGGAAAUCACUAACAUUACCUAUGACAGAACAGUAAAUAAAGGGGAUACCGUUAUCCUUGACUGUAAAGCCACUGGGUAUCCAGCACCAACGAUCACUUGGACAAGGGUGUCCGAUAAUAGUGUUUUAAGAAUGCCUUUGACUAUAAGCGGUAAACAGGAUGAGGGAACCUAUAAAUGUACUGCUGAGAAUGGAUUUGGCAAACCAGCCAGUAGGGAUGUCUCUCUUACUGUUCAGAGUGAGUAUGCAAUAAACGUAAUUAAAACCCCAUUGCCGCGGGGGCAUGAACAUUUGUUUAUAUCAAAGGGAUAGGCGCAUAACGGAGUAUCCAUCCCAAUAUGAUACGUACAAUGGGCCUUUGCAAACUUUGUGAAGCGUGCGUAGGAUUAGCGGGCGAGUGUUGUGGUUUCUGGCAGCGGGGCCGUGUAAAAAAAAAAAUCCUGCCAGCUAAGCAGGCUAAACGUUGUGAUGAUAGACAUAUAGCCAUAUAACUAAGUUCUGAGUUUAAUUGUGUGCAGAUAUCAUCUUUUCAUUUGAUACUCAGUUUUAUAUGCACUUUGAUAUUAUAAAAACACUAUUUCGGCCAGUAAUAUUGCCUUUCUAUUCUCUCUUAUCACUGAUCUGUCUUUCCACAUGGUGUUGAAGCAGUCGUAUAAUAUUGAAUUUAUUACAUUUAGAUAUUCUUGAACAUGAUUACUAGUACAAUUGUAUACUCAUAGAAUUAUAGUUAGGUUGUAUUCUUCCGAUUGUAUUAUAUAUCACUUGUUUAUUCAGUUUUUUUUAACUGCAAGUGAAAUAAACUAUUUUAUUAUUAUUUGUUAUUUUUAUAAGUAAGAGGUAGGGAAAUUAAAGAAUUAAGGAAGUUGUUUGUGGUAAAAAAGGGCGAUGGUAUAAGCACGGUGAUAGAAUGAGGAAAUGACUCUACUGCAAGGUUCGAUCUAGAUCAAAGUACUGGGAGUCUCUGGAUUGGAUUUUUUGAUUAAGGCAUAAAAUUUCCAAAGUAGCCCCGAAAAAGGUUCAUAAGCCCACAAGAGACUGAAGAUUACCUUUUCACGUUGGAGACGAUCAAUCAGACUUUCGUAGAUAACUAUGACUGAUGUUCAUAAUUUUUUUUUCAGCUCCUCCAGUAAUUACCUCACCAAAAGAGCUUACUUGGAAAAUAAUGGCCGGAGAAAGCGUUACUAUUGAAUGCUUAGCAGAGAGUGAUCCCAGUUCAAGUUAUGUUUGGAAGAAUACAGCUGGUGCCGUUGUUGCUGAUGGCCGAGAACUUAGACUUCACAAUGUAAACGACAGUAGUGGAGGAAAUUAUAUUUGCACAGCAACAAAUAAGCUUGGGUCUGACGAUCGUUCAAUUAUUGUACUAGUCAGAAGUAAGCUGUUCUUUUCUUUUUAUAUUUCUUCAACUUACUGACAGCGUGCAUGCCUUUCCAGGAAACCUCUAAAGAAAAAGGACAAAAACACAUCGGACGAUCGAAAACCAUUUGCUUUUGAUAUGUGCAGGCUGGUCCAAACGAUUCAACAAAAACUUUGCUUUGAAUUUUUUUUACACUCAGAACACUCUAAUCAGAAGGGCGAGGUGAAGCCAACACUACCGACCUGGCUUCAAAUCAAAAUCAAAAUCAAAAUCAUGCCUGAGAUCACAGUUCCCAGCUAGAAUUUCUGCAAAAGUCAGGCGGUGAAAAUCCUUUAAAACGUUGCUUGGGGUUUUAAGGUCCUUUCUACGAGAAGACUUGUAUAUCUAUAUCAUUCUGCGCGCAGACGUGAAACAAAGGCCCAGUAGCUGAAGACGCUGGGUGCUGGUCUGGUUGAGAUAAAAGAGCUCCCCUCUUACAGUGUAAAUAAUUAAUGCAGUGAAAAUCAACUGGUUUAAGAGAAGGGUUUACGUUAAAAUUAAUUAAAUGAUAGUUCAUGAUAUCAUUGGUUUUGAAUCAAGGUCAACAGUCACUUCUUCCAACUUUUUAGGAACUAAAACUUAUGGUACAAUAGCAGUUGAUAGCGAAUUUAAGUCAGGCAUGGAGGACAUAAGCAGUGAUGUUGCAAAAGAGUUUGCAGAACCCUUCAAAAAAGAGGUAUCAUUAAUUAAUUCAUUCAUUCAUUCAUUCAUUCAUUCAACCAUUCAUUCAUACAUGCCUCAUUCAAUCAUUCUUUCGUUCAUUCGUUCAUUCAUUCAUUCAUCUUUUCUCUCUUCAUUCAUUUUUUCUCUUGCUUCUCCUCAGCCUUACAUUUUUAAAUCAACAAUUCAUUCCUAUAUCGUUUUAUGUUUAUUUCCCUUAUAUAUAGGCGUUUGUCAAGUUAAACUUUAGAAAAUGAAUACUUUAAUUUCAUUGGAUGGAAAGCGUAACUAUAACGUUAACCUCGAUGGAGCUAUUGGAAAAACAAAAUAUUAAGCUUUCGUGAAGGAUUGGCUAGCCAAAUAUUACGCUAUGUUAUUGUCAGUAUGAAAGAAGAAGGAGAAUUCAAACACCAGAAAGCUCAGAAUAAUUUCUGAUCUCCAGGUGAGUGAAUCGAACUCACGACCCUCUGAGUUCUGGUUCGGACGCUUUUGUCUAAAAUUUCUUAAUAUUCUAUUCUUUUCAGUUUGACAAACUGAACAGCAAUACAGCUGGCUUUGAUAAAUCAGAAUUUCUAAAAUUCAGGUGAGUAAAUAUGCGAAUUGUUUAGUCAUUUAGGAUUUCAGUUGUGAUCAAUAACCCUUCAGUACCGGCUUCUUCCAAACCAUAUCAAGGCACUGUGAUUAUUUCAGAUUAUUGUAGAUUAUUCUGGAGUAGGCACAUAAUUGCGUUUUAUUUUGGUUUUCUGUUUGCACAAUAACGCAACAUUUUACAGCGGUUACCACUAACACGCGCCCUCGAAUGGUUUUUUCCUUUGUGGUUGAAACCUGAGUUUUCGUGGACGUCAAUCAAAUGUUUCCAUGGUUUCCUCACGUGCUCUGACAGAGAAGGUUCCCUCGUCGCUAAACUAAGGGCGAAGACUUACCAGAAUAAUUUCGAAUGACGAUCGACGGCGUUUUUAAUUUAUUUAUUUGAUUAAGAUGAAGGAUUACAUUGUUAAAACAAGAGGUCUCUGCGAGCUGAGUGAAAUAGCCGAAAUACUCUCUAUAGUUAACAUAAUGGUUUUCAGGUUGUUUAUUUACAAACUGUAUUUAUUUGAUUCUAUGAAAAGACGGGUGCCGUGGACGAAUUACCAAGGACCCGCAUAAAUUCAAAGAGACGGAAGAUAUCACAUCGACAAGGCACAAAGGUUUCCUAUGAGCGAAGGCUGUUUUCGAAAAUGAAUUUUGUUCCCUGCAGAUCUAUUUAUCAUUCUUCAUGUUAUCGAAUACUCAAUAGAAUCCUGAACUCGAAAGAACUCAAACGAGUUGCCAGCGUGUAUUGAGAAAGCUUAUGUGGUUGUAAAAUUUCAGUGUUCAAAUAAGUCGAUAAUUCGAGUUUCCUCCGACAAACACUCCACAAAUUCGUACUCCUUGUAAUCUUGACAUAUAGCAAAAACUGCUUAAACGCCGACAUUUUCCUCCCAGAGCUCGAGAAACGGGGAAAGAAUCUUCUAUUGGCCAACGCGUAAACAGGGUUAGGGUUGAUUGACGUCCACCAAAUAGCAGGUUUGAACCAAAGAAAAAACCCUUUGAGGGCGCGUGUUAGUGCCUGGGUAACCGCUGUAAAAGGGAAACUCUCUUGCAAUCCAAGAACAGACGUGUAUACCCAGUCCAACAUUUGAGAUUUAUAUCUUGUUUUAUACGUAAAAAUUACGUAAAUCAAUCUUAAUUUAUCAUUAGGCUAAACUGCACAGAAAUCAGUUUUCCAGACGUUAAUUAUUUUUGUUACCGUCCAUAGGAACGGCAGUAUAAUCGUGUACUUUGUGCUGCACUUUAAACUCCCAGUCAGUACAAACGAAGGAACUUUACAAAUAAAGAAUGCAAUGGAGAGAGGAACAAUUGGUAGUUACCGAGUAAAAACUUUCAAAACUAUUGAGGAAUUUGAAGUGGAUCCCACCACUUCUCCUUCAGUAGGAAGCAUAGCUACCCACUCAUCUACUUCAUCCAUUUCUCCGGGGAAGAAGGUUAAUAAGGACACAUCAGGUAAGAUAAGGAAAUAUGCAUGGCAUUGUAUUUCGUAUCAGUUAACUCAUAUUUCUUUUAAAGUAUGAAAUUAGUAUGUGUAACCGAUGGUGAUUUGUCCUGAUUCUAAUAAUUACAUACUCAUUGAGCUUACCGUUUGAAUACCUAAUAUCAUAGGUGACAAAUUUGCGCACCCGCAAUCGUGGUAUUUUUACUUGUUUAUCGUAUUGAGAACUUCACGCACUGAAAAGUUUAGAGCAUCAACUUUGGCUUAAGUUCAUAAGGUUGGGAAUUGUUCGACAAAAUCCCCUGUUUGAAUUCAACUUGGUGCGCUCUUUCGUGUGUUUAAGUUUUCUAAAAAGUCUUUUAAUGCCCUGACAUCAUCAUGCAUAACAUUUUGCAACUUUGAAACCAAUUUGGCUCUGGGACGUACGGAGCGUUUCCAUGACAAAUUUGUGAUUUUACACCAAAAUUAAGGAGUAAUUUGUCACCCACGAUAUUAAAGCAACAAAUUUUUGAAUUUUUUCCGCGCUGUAAGCCCCGCUGGACAAAUUUUUGUCUCGUGGGCUCAUUAGGAACGAGCCAAUGAGAAGCGUCUGAUAUUUGACACUUUUUUAGCUGGGACGUAAGAAAAGGACACCAUUCCAAAGCACGAAGCAUUGAAAGAAUGAAUCUUUAAUGCAUGCUGAUUCCUUUCUCUUUAUUUCGAGAGUUGCUGCAUCCAAAAACCACACAUUUUUCAACCAUCUUCUGUGUUUAACAAGAACGAUUUACCGCGAGUCUUCGCAUAUUUUUGCACAAUGUCCUUUUCUUACGUCACGCUCCAUAUUUGGACACAUUUGGCCGAUUGGGAGACUAAUGCGAACGAUAGGUGAAAAUAUCCACAAGACUGCCUUCACCUUUAGCGCUCGUAAAAAAAAAAGAUUCAGUAUUUCUGAAAAUUUUUUUUGAAAAUGAGUUUUUAAAAGAUAUGGAAAUCUACCAAAAGAAAACAAAUUGAAGGGUAAGGGGCACUUUAAGUGAAGACAAAAAUGCCCAAAUCCUCCCUUUAAUUUUAUAGGCACACCUCUAGCAGAAACUUUUAUUCCACGAUCUCAACGCCCUAAGCGACAUACGUUUUUUAUCAAACAAUUAGGAGCCAAGACAAGAGUAGCUGGUUGGGCAUUUGAGGGCAAAAUCAAACUCUGCAUUAAAGUAAGCGUUUUCUGCUCUAUGAGCGAAGAAUGAUCCAACGAUGGCCCUUCCACCGUCUUAUAUGAUGGAACUGCAUAGGGUUGCGGCGAGCAAAAAAAAAUUAUUCCAAGAAAGAGGAAGACCUCACUUUCUUUUAAAAUGGCGGCCUGAUGUGAUCGACUUUUGAAGGAGUGUUCGUAAUAAAAACGCGAAAUCGGUGCAAGGUUUCCAAGAGGAACUGUACAGCCCCAAAGAAACCCCAAUCCUCAUUUUUUUUCUAGAAUUAACCAUAGAAUUAGCCGCUUUACAUUACCCAGCUACUAUCAGAGGUAAUCCAAGUGCUUCUGUGAGUUGUUCUGCAAGUCAACAGGGACAGUCCCGUUCCUAUUACAUGUAGGAAAUAUUUAACAGCAAAUUUCCGACGGUUCUCAUGUUAGUACCCAUGUUUUCGAGAUAUACUAUAUAGGGAAGUUAAUCAUGUUUCUGUAACAUGAGUAACCGAGGUCGAGUAUGGCUACUACCCCCUCCCCCCUCUCCAUCCCCCACCAGAUGAGAACAGCACUAGAUCAUUAUAAGUUUACAUUGUCUUUGAAGACCUUGGUAAAGAAUCUUCCCAUCGUCAGGAUGUUAUGCAAAUCAGUUAGGAGAUGCGGUCAAUCAAAGAUAAUAAUUACUAACAAACAAUAAAUUAUUAUUAUUAUUAUUAUUAUGAAAUUUAUAAACAGAAAUUUCACUCUAUUUUGUAGAUGGACCUCCUUGGAUAAUAAUUGGCGCUGCUGCUGGUGGAGCAGUGUUGGUGAUUGCCAUUAUUGUGCUUCUUAUAUGUUGCCUGCGGAAGGACAACAAAAGUGAGUAGUUUAAAAUAUGUUAGCCAUGUUUACUUGAAGCUGGCAUAGAGGAGCUUAGUUGACUAAAGGAUAAAGUAGCCUUGCUUAGGCUUCGAACAUACCAUAAGAGAUUGCAAAAUCCCCUAACAAAUUUCAAAAGCCCUUUGCUUGUCAUUUCAUCUUUCAAAUAACGAAAGCUCAUUAUUCUCGUUCAAAUAGCUGCUAACGUUUUUCCUUUUCUUUUUAUCCACAUCGUUUCAUCAACUUGCAUACGUGACGUGCUACACCAUGAUUUAGAAGGUGGAAGCAAAGCAUUGUGAGUACGAUUUUGCUUCUUUCCUUUUUGCUUGUAUGUUUUGUCACAAUUCUCCAAGAUAUUCCUUUUGUUUAUUACAUAUGUUAACUAACAAGGCGCUAUUAAGAAGUUAAGGAGAAAAAUAAUUAGAUAAGGCUGAUUUUGAUCUGAAGGAUUAUGGAGAUCGAGGAGGGCUUUAUGCGCCGAAGUGAAAGGUUCAGAUGGAUAAAAGCCUCCUCGAUCUUCAGCGAAAGCCGAUUAGAAUUCAUGAAUUCAAAAUAAUAGUCCAGACAAUGGCAACAUGACGUCAUUUUAUUCUAGAAUCCUCCAGAUUGUUGUUUUCUUGUGCAAAGUAGAGCUAUUGUUGAUAAAUGACUUCUGGUAGUUUUAGUCAAAUUUCGCCACCUUGAAAACGGCCCAUGCAUUCUUAGCUUAAAGCUUACCUCGGUCGAUGUAAAGUUCCUGUCAUUUCCCUGUUUCGUCUCAACUCAGGAUAUAAAAGGAUAUCAAGGCAUAAUAAUUCUUGCAGAUAUUCUUCAAAUAUUAUGCACAUGUCAUCCGGGCGAGUUGUAUUCUUCUUCUCCGCGAAACGUGUAAAGUUUUCCUCCAUCUGGCACUGCUUUACCUCGGCCACAGGUUUUCUCGGUUGUAGUCUAUUUUUCUGGCAUUAACGCCGUACUCUUGAGGUCAUUUUCCAAAUAUCCCAAAUGUCUUUCAAAGCUGGUUAUGAAGAAUAUACUCUGUCAUUUGAGCCAAUCAGAAACGUAAGAAUAUUUUGAUUAAAUAAUAAUUCCAUUACUACGGUGGGUCUGAUUGCUUUUCUCAAUGUUGUUGUAGGGACCCAAUAACAUAAAUCUAGAACGAUGUAAUUCUCGCCGUAACUAGUGAUGUUUCAACGCUUGUUUAUAAACUAGGUAAAACUCACAUGUGUACAAUAUAUUUUGUUUGAAUUUCUGUUUUCCUUAUUUCCGGGUGUAGCGGACUAUUGCACAAUUUACCCGCAUAAUUUAUACUUUAAAAUUCCGUUUGCGAACUAUUAUUCUUUUUUUCUUUUUUUUUUUUCUUUCAAUUUAUCCAUUCAUUCUUACUAAUUCUAUAACAGGGCCAGAGAAAAUGAAAUAGAGCACAGCGCGGUAGAAGAACACACCCAUGAACAAAAACCUGUGAAGGUUUGUUGAAUUGGCAAUAUUAGCUGAAGAAAAUAAGGGGAAAUGCCUGCAUAGCAUGUGGGUGUUUUGCAUUUCACACGCUAUUUCGUCGAGUUUGUAAUCGCCUGGGAAAAGCAAAUCGUCGUUGUUGUUUGGUUUUUGCUGUCGUUUUUUGGGCGCUUGCCGAUUGGUGAGGUAAUGGGUCUCAUAUAUUUUAAGCUUUACCAUUAUAGCCAACUCAUUCCCUUCAUUUCAAUCAAAAACAGAAACCUGGGGAAACCGUUUACGCUGGACUGCGUGAUUUGGAUCAACGUCAGGGGCCGAAUAAACCUUCCUAUCCAGACGCAUUACCUCCUGUGAAGAGACCAUCACUUAUGAAAGGACAGAUUACGCUGAAAUCACUCACUUCAUUAAAGGAGACGUCAAUGGUCAGCAGCAGAUGUGGUCGCCGAAUGGAAAGAAUGAGCCAUGGAUCGGCAUGCAAAUGUUUUGCUGAUUGA